UUUUUACUGUCUUGUACUUUGCGUAAUGGGAUGUGACAACAAACUUCUUGAAUCACAUGCGCUAUUUCACAUGAAUAGAAACUGAAAGAGCACUCAGCUUGGCAGUGCAGUUCCACACCCUCUGUUAGAGGAGGUGUCUCCAGGCGUAGGUACUCUGAACAAAUACGACCUUAAUUACUUUAAGGUUUUCGUCGGGAAAUCACAGGACAGACCAUACUGGCUCUGUAUACUGUACUUACUGUACUUGAUCUUCUUUUUUUUUCUACUGAAAAUAGCCUCAGGGCUUUGACUGAGCAGUUUCACCGAACAAAUUUUGCCUACAUUCUCUGGAUGGGACAGGAAACCGGAUGGGACAGAGCAGAGGCUUGUUGACGUGAAACAGCUGUGAAAUCAAAUUAAAUCACCUGACUGCACAUUUGAGGCACUUACCUUGGCAUUGUCAACCCUGACACAGGAAUAUGAACAAAGCUAUGCCCCAGUCCGAUGAGGACGUCCCCCUGGUGACCCCGGCCAUCUGCAAUCUCAUCAAACAUCGGAUGAAGCACCUCACCCCGCGUCGCACCGACCAGCAGCAUUCUGCCAAGCUGGUGAACGACCUGCGAGACAGCCUCCUGGACUUUCUGAAGAAGAACAAAAAACAGCCCUACUUCAGAUCUGUCACAGUGCUCAACAGCGGAAGCUACUAUGAGAUAGUGAAGAUAAAUGACCCAGAUGAGUUUGAUAUGAUGUUGCUGUUACCAACCCCACGGCUAACCUGGACAGAGCUGAAGGAGUUCCACGGGCUGCACUACAGCGUCUCCCUGAUCCGACCCACUCGCACUGAGAUCCAGGCCUUCCUGCUGGCUGACGGGCUCACAAUCUCAGCCAGCAGAAUCCUCAGCGAGAUGCGUUGCCUGGUCAGAAAUUUCAUCAGCACUUACAAAGUCCCCAAGGGAGCUGGGCGCUGGGUGCUGAACAGGAAGCGGCCCAGUUCGCCAGCGGUGACACUAUCGCUGAUGUGCAAUGCGCAAGAUGGUGAACAGGCGACAGAGCUGCUGUCGGUGGACAUCGUUCCCGCCCUGGAGGCGCCUGAACUGCAAGCCUGGCCGCUUGCUGCUCGAGAUGGCCUGAAGGUGGAUAACUGGCUGGGCAAGAAGGCCCGACGUGACUUCACCAGGCAGUCCUUCUACUUCGUACCCAAGAAGCCGGCAGGGCGUAACCUCAGCGAUGCCGCUAAGGAGAGCUGGAGGAUUUCCUUCUCUCACAUUGAAAAGGAAAUUAUCAAGAACCAUGGUCAGGCCAGGACCUGCUGCGAGGGCCAUGCCACCAAGUGCUGCCGAAAGAAGUGUCUCAUGCUGCUGAAGUGUCUGAUCGAGGGCCUGAAGGUGCGGUUCCCUGAGGAGCUGGAGCGUCUUUGCUCGUACCAUGGGAAGACAGCCUUCCUGCACACCCUCUGCAGGCGCGGCAGAGACUCGCAGUGGGCCCCCGGUGAUCUCCCCUCCAGCUUCAUGGAGCUCUUGUUGGCCCUGCAGGACCACGCCUUCAGAGGCCAGCUCCCCCACUUCUUCAUUCCGGCCUAUAACCUAUUCGCUGCCCCUGCCUUUCCACGCAAGGCACGGUCCUGCCUGCAGAAGGCACUAGAGGAGCAGGUGAAGUUGGGCCUACCCCUCCUGCAGCAGCCCGGCCCUGCUCCACCGCUUGCUCUUAACCCAAGCCCUCCCUAUCCCUCCCUGGGCGCAAAGCGAGAUCAUUCACCAGUGAUGAUAUUAGCAUCAAUAGUCAUAUCGCUAGGGUUGCUCUCUCUGGCUGCUAUUGCAGUCUUUUAGAUCAGUGGUCCACAGACUUCCUGGGGUCUGUGAAGUAGUUCUAGGGGUUGUUUACCAAAAUUGGAAAACAUUUCUGUUUAUUUUUACAUAUUUUAUAAAUGAUGCAUUUUUGACAGAUAAUACUUUGCCUAGUUUACUUAGUACUUAAUAAUUAAUACUGUGUUCAUUGUACUUAAAAAAAGUACUUAUGAAAUAUUUAUUGAUCCAUAAUAUCAUGAAAUCAAGAUUUUAACAUAUUUACAGAUUUAGCACAUCUGAUUUGUUAAAUAGCUACUGCAUUUGGAUAAGGGUAUCAAACAACCAGUCUACUUAUGAGGAGGUUUAGUUUCUGUGAAAACAAAUGUACGUGUCAUGUCCUUGCUGUAAGAGUUCCCUGUCAAGAAAUUUUUCCUGAAUGGAUUUUGCCCACUGACUUGAAUUUUGACACUGAUAUACUGCAGUAGGGAGCAUAUUUAUUACCACAGAAGGCAAAUAAGUUAUUUUUCCUUCUGUAUUAUAUGUAUGAUAAGCAUCAGGGAUUGUGAUUUGCCAUCUAGCGGUACAUUUUUAUCAUUAUUAUUAUUGGCCUAUUAAAUUUUUUCUAAUAUCUUGUGAUUUCAACUAUUUUGCACCAAUGUUUUAGUUUGUUUUUAGUUUUAGGUUUAUAUCUGAACAUUUCUGUUGGAAGUCCUUGAAUUUCUGUUUUAACAAGUAUAAUACAUUCUUGCCUUGAAUUUUCUUUUUUUUUUUUUUUGCAUCUGGCUCUUUGUUAGCAUGUCAUUUCAGAUAUGACUACACACUUUUUUUUAAAAAACAUAGCCUUUUGUUUUAAUUCAGCCAAUUCUUAUUCAGUGGUUCUCUUUAUGCCCAUCUUACUUUAGCCUGUAUCAGUUUGAAGUUGUAGUAUCAUAUAUGUUUUAUUUGUCUGCUUUUCAUUGUUAUGUAAUUUGCUAAUUUGCUAAAUUUGUAAUUUGUCAUGCUUGAAAAAAAUAUAUAUUACCAUGUUG